AUGUCAGAACUUGAACGGCAACUUGAGGCUUUUGAGAGGCGACAUAAUGACGAUGUUUUAAAUCCAGAAGAAAGUGGCCGAUUCUUUGAGGGUGACAUUGUAUUAGACGCUGAACAGGCAAGAGAAAUCUAUGAAAAUGCUAUACAACAUGGUUAUCGUGUUAAGCGGAAAUUCAUUGGAUCAGAACUUCGGCGAUGGAAUCCGCGUCAACCAAUUAUCUACAGUUUUGAUGGUUCACACAGUAAGCAAAUGUUGUUUGCAAAAGAAAAUAAAAACGAUUAG